GGAUGUUUGGGAGAGGUGCGCAAGCGCUUUGCAACCUCGAGGAAUGGGGCUUUGCGCAUGCGCCAGCUUUGCAAAGCUGCCUUCCGGCCGGUGAAUGGCGGCUGUUGAUAGUUGUGAGCGUCGCUUCUUGGAGGCACGAUGGACGAGGACUUUUUGCUGGCCCUGCAGUUGCAAGAGGAAUGGGAAGCGGAGGACGAGGAGGUGCGGGUUCAGGCGAUCCCCUCUGAUCCUCCGCGGCCAUUCUCGCUGAUGGACGAUGCCUGGGAGUUGCUGGAUCCCAACCCCGACGUGCGAGGCCUCUUUCUGCAGUUCAACGAGACUCUCUUCUGGGGGCGCCUGGCGGCGGUGGAAGUAAAAUGGAGCCCGCGCAUGACCCUGUCCGCUGGCGUUUGCUGCUAUGAAGGUCAUGGUGGAAUGUGCUCCAUCCGACUAAGUGAACCACUUUUAAAAUUACGGCCAAGGAAGGAUCUCGUGGAGACUCUCCUGCAUGAAAUGAUUCAUGCCCUGUUGUUUGUUACUAAUAAUGACAAGGAUCGCGAGUCCCACGGUCCAGAGUUCUGCAAACAUAUGCACCGGAUAAAUCGCUUAACAGGAGCCAAUAUUACGAUCUAUCAUGAAUUUCACGAUGAGGUGGAUUUCUAUCGUCAGCACUGGUGGCGUUGUAAUGGGCCAUGUCGAAAUAGGAAGCCUUAUUAUGGCUAUGUAAAACGUGUAAUGAAUAGGGCGCCAUCUGCCAAUGACUAUUGGUGGGCAGAGCACCAAAAGAGCUGUGGGGGAACAUAUACCAAGGUCAGAGAGCCUGACAAGAGCUCCAAGAAAUGCAAGAAAAAAGAUGAUCAAGCAAAAAUCCUAGAUGAUGGUUCACGAAAAGCUCAUGGAAGCAGCAUACAGAGCAUAAUACCUUUUAGUGGGAAAGGAUAUAUCCUUGGAGGAAAAAGAAGUGAAUCAUCAUUAGAAGGAGCUGUAAGUCCAAGCACUAAGAGCAGAGAACUGGUCCAGUCACAAUAUCAUUCACCUGCUGGUUCAUCUAGGUCAAAUCCUAAAAAUGAAAUCAAAUUUGAGCAAAAUGUUUGCUGCACAACUGUUUCCUCUCCGUUUUCUCCAAGCGGUCCUGAAAAUAGCUCUGCUAGUAUCACAUUUCCUAGAUUUUCAGUUGCUAAUCGUAAGGUUUAUACUAAUGUUAAUGGCUCACCAGUUAAAAAUAUUUCUUUGGGUGAAAAAAGGUCAGAAUCAAGUUCUACAAAGGCUCUAAGAGAUAUACCUCACAAAGGGACUCCAGAAAACACAAUUUCUAUAUCAGCUACAAUGACUCCAAGAUCCCAGUCACCAUCUCAGAGAAACAGCAACAGCCAGAAUGGUGGCCCAGCAAAACGAGCCAGAAUGGAAGAUUCAGUUACGUUUGUCAACUAUUUUUUAAAGAAAGGAGAACUCAAGGAGACUAGUUCUUCUGUGAACAGUAGAGCUAAAUCAGCAAUCUCAGAAACAUCCACUAGUGACCAGAAUAGAAAUGUAUGUUGCCCUGUCUGUCAAUCUGAAGUUUUGGAAACCAAAAUCAAUGAACACUUAGACCUCUGCCUCUGAAAUCUUUUAAUGUGAGUUUAAUAUAAAACUGCUUUGCUCAAGGUUUCUGUGUUUGUAUGUAUUGAUGCACUUUCUCUGUUUUAUGCAGAAAAAAUUAUAUUUGAUUUUGUGUAUGAAACUUUCCUGACAUUGAAAGUUUUUUCUCAGUACCUAUAUGCUAAUAACAGUUAACACUGAAUACAACGUAGCCUUGAGAAAAGUGUGUUUCUAAGAGACAGUUCUAUAAUGAUUUGAUCUGAUAUUUAACAAAAGUUUAUGUGUAAGGUAAGAAACCGGAAGAGUUAUAGUACAGGCAUUAAUUAUUUUAGAAAAAUAAUUUGCUAUUACAUUUUUGUUUGGUUACAACUUUAAAUGCUAAAUGGGGGAAUAUAGUUCGAAUAUGUGCAUUUAUUAUGUAAGACAGGUCCCCAACCUGUGGUCCAUGAAUAUGUGCAUUUGUUAUGUAAGACGGGUCCCCAACCUGUGGUCCAUACCAGGCCGCGAGCUAAUCGCCACUGGGCCGCGCACCUGCACACGGUCCUACUCACACGAGCCUUGUACGAGCCCCCAGUUGCGCAAGCCUUGGCACUCCCGGCCUGUCAUGUGAGCAUCAAUGUGGGUGCUUGUGGCCCCACUUGCACAAGUGUUGUCAUGGGCAUUUGUUUAUGAUUUAGAAAAGCAUCUACCUGAUCAAAAAAGAUAUAAUCAAUCUUAACCACUCACACGAGUGUUGCCACAAACGUCACGGGCGCUAUGCACACACAUGGUGCAUGAGCUUGCCCCUCCCACAAAAUCAUCCCCCUUCCCCCCUCCCCCCAUUCUGAGCCACCAACCUGGAAAGGUUGGGGUACUUUGGUGUAAGAGAUAGACAUGAGUUUGUUUUCCCCUGAACUUGAAAGCUGAUGUCAUAUAGUAAAGAAUACGGGCUACUUUUCUGUUUGCACCUAAAGAAAUGGCUCACCAAGUGUUUGCUUUAAAAUUAUGAUGUCUUCUUUUUAUCACCCAAUUUAUAGAUUUUGGCUGGAUUUUCAAAGCUUUUUUCUGUUGAGUUCAGAAGGGUUAGACUGAUUUUUGAUCAGGUAGAUGUUUUUCUAAAUCAUAAACACAUAGGAAAGGUUAUGUUAUACUACUAUUUCAUUUAUAAAGUGCCUAUUAGUGUGAUGUAUGCCUACUAUUUAUUAAUAACUUUUGAAACCUAUUUCCUCUGAGAUGGAAAUAUAUUCUUGCACACAGCACAGGUUGUCAGCCAUUUGUACAAUUAAAAAUAGCUUUUCUGAAAUAGUAUCUGAACAGAACUCUUUUCCAAAAAUAAAUCAUGAAUUUCAUAAUCUGCUUUUAAAAUAAAAUUUAAUAUGUAACUUGUGUCUUUAUAGGUCAGUUGGGUUUUGACGAUCUGAUGUGAUGCUCCUGUACUAGCUUUUGUUUUGAACAGCAAUGUUCAUAUAAGCAGGCAAACAUCUAUUCAGGCUAGUAUUUUACUGUUGACCGGAAAACCUACAAUAGACCAGUGCUAUGAAAGGAACAGCAGCGGCUUCUUUCAGUUUCUUGCUCAUCAGAGAUUCUACCAGCCUGCUGGUGGUUGUUCAUUGUCAACAGCCUGGAAUGAUAGAUAAGUGAUCGAUGAGCAAUUGUUGCUUCGCUUACGUGUACACCUUUCUCUAUAAUGACACAACCAGUCUCAAAACAAUGAUUCAAAAUGCACAAAGCAAUCUUGAGAUGGAAAAAUAAAUAAAGGCAUCCAGAGAAUGCAUUGAAAUAAUAGGGUAAUAAUAAUAGGCAAUAUAAUAAUAAUAGGCAAUAUAAAAUACUUCUAUUGUGGUUAUGUUACGUUACAUAUUUAUACAUGAUGAUGUUGGCAGAUUUGUUUGAUUGGGAAACGUCAGCACAAUCAUAUUGCAAGAAUGAGAGGAAGGAACUAGAUAAAAGGAAAUUUGGAGAAUCACGAGAACCAAUUAUCCAAGAUGCAUAGAAAUAAUUUAAAACCACAAGAUCAACUAAAAUACACAGUUACUCGAAAGGUACUACUCAAAUCAGAGUAGUGAAACAGACUGUAAAAGACAUUUCCAUUCAAAAAAAAUAUGGAAAACAAGCAGAAAAUCUGCCAAAACAAAUUGACAAUUGUGUUCACACAUCAUGGAUUACGCUCUGUUAAAUAAACUACAUUUUGGCUGGAUUCAGAUAAUACAUCAAAGCUACCAUAGGUACAAAGAAACAAAUCUUUAGGGUAUUAACAGCAGACAUAUUGUAUACUUAGAUACAAAAAGCACAGACUUGCCCUCAAAACUGAUUGGAUUAUGGCAACAGAUCAAGGAGCAAAAAAAAAAAAAAAAAAAAGUUAAAAAGAUUCACCAGGUGCAAAAAAGGGAUGACUUAAAACUUCGCAUUAGAAUAUUGAGGUAAAUAGAAUAUGAAGCAACUUUUAAAAAGAAUCUGAAGUAAGCCAUGGUUCUAAUCACAGGCAUCCAUGAAGGGACUAAAGGGUUGGUCAUGUGUCAUGAUGCAAAAUCUACAACUUACGUGCUUGUAUUAGUGUGAUACAAAUAUAUAAGGAUGGAGUUUGUAUCAUGGCAUGUGAGGCAAAUAAUUGUUCUAUUGUAAUCUAUGCUGCAGAUCAGGGGUGUCAAACUCGCGUCGUCACGGCAGCAUCACGUGACAUAUUGGGACUUUUCCCCUUUGCUAAACCGGGCGGGGAUGGGGCCAGCACCUGGUGCAUCCGGCCGCGAGUUUGACACCCCUGCUGUAGAUUACAUUCUAUGCCUUUUGGGUAAUUCACCUUGAACAUAAUUACUGGUUCUAGAUGGUAUCCAUCUGAAUUCAAUUAUAUUGUUAAUCUAACAAAAAUAUAUAAAACAAGCAUAGAACAAGCCCCUAAGUGAUCUAAUCCAACUUACUCAAGUAACUGAUCUAAUUUAUUCAUUUUUAUUGUAACCAACUGUGUAGACAUAGUUGUUAUGAAGAAUCUCCAGAGAUCUACUACACUGCGUAAUGAGAAUGCCACUUUAUUUACAUUUAAGAGGCAAUUUGUGGCCAAGCAAUGAAUAAAUAUCAGCCCAAAAGGCUGCUAGUUUACAUUUUUAUACUGUAGUUUUUCUAAUUUGCAUUGUAUUUUACUGUUGUUUUUAUAAGUCUGGUUACAUACUUAUGUACUUUUCUAGAGGGGUCUCCCUAAAUAUUAAAAAUAAUAAUACAUCAAAACAUAAA